AGAGGUAAUGGAAUGGUCCAAUAGUAUUGAAAGCAAAGCUACUGAACGAUGUUUGUUUUCUCCAUACACGACCAGUAGGGCGAGAGAUCUGCAGCAUUUGGCCCGUCGUGAAGUCUCGUAGCUUACAGUGCAACGGUUAUAUUUUACCCUAUUCUGAGUUGUUGCCGUCUUGAAGCCGAUAGCCAUGGCUCUGUGCGGGGGUGUCGGAGCCUUGGCUUUACCCAGUGAGCUUAUUGUUCACAUAUUUUCCUUUUUGUCAGAUCGAGACAAGCUUCGGGCCUCGGCCGUAUGUUCUCGCUGGAGGGAGUGUCUGUUUUACCCAGCGUUGUGGACAGAGCUGAAGUUGCGUGUCGGUGGAGGAACGAAUGGAGGUGGCUCUGGAUCUGAGGAGACCCCAAGAUUAGAAUUCCUCAUGCGCAAGUUUGGUUCCUUUGUGCGUGAGCUGCAGCUGGAGUUCGCACCAGUGGAUGGGUACCUAAGCCCAUUGCAAGCAAUGGAGGGCAGAAUGGAACCUGUGGAGAGUGACCCACAGUUUUCUGACCGCUGGAAAGAUGCUAUGAUCACCUAUUUGGACCAGGUGCUAUGUGUACUUCGCAGUCUUCGAAACAACAGAUAUCUCCAAAGGUUGAGUCUCUAUGGUGAUACCUGCAUUCUUCAGGAUGAGGGUUUAUUUGACAGCGCCUAUCUCCAACAAGUUGACCAGGGAAGCAAAAAAAUCAAAGAGAUCCAGAUGCUAUUUGAAGAGAUCCUGUCCAACAGUAGGCAAUUAAAAUGGCUCUCCUCCGCCUUCAUGCUGGGCGUGGUGACUCCAUGCUCCUUGGCCUCACUCUCCAACCCCAGUGCCACAUCCCUGGGGCACCUCAGCCUGCUGGAUAACCAGCUGCCCAGCCUCCUGGUACCAGUGGAGCUGGAGCGCCUUGUCCACCUGCGCUCGCUGGCGCUCGACUUCUGCGACUUCUCCUCCACCAUGUGCUGCCUGCUGGCAGGCCAGGAUCGCGCCCCGCUGCACCGCCUCUCGCUCCUGCUCAACGGCGCCGCCCUGGAGGCCAAGCCGCUGAACGGCACGGCCGGUGAGGACGACUGGAAGGCGCUGGUGCGGCGCAGCAGCAACCUGCGCGUCUACCUGAUGGCUCUGGACGUGUGCAGCCAGGACCUGCUGCGCGUGCUCAAGCCCAGCAUGCCCCUGGAGCGCAUCCACCUGGACAGCUACAGCGUGCCUGUGACGGACGGCGCUGUGGAGCUCAUCUCGCAGCAGUACCACAAGACGCUCAGCAAUUUCGUGCUGAUGCGCGACGACGCCGGCUUCCCCGACCUCAGCGUCAACCGCAACGAGGACCCGCUGGUGCUCUUGGCCUGGCGCUGCGUCCAUCUGGCUGUUCUUAUCAUCCAUGGCUACACGGUGUGGUCCCACAACCUAGUUGCCAUCUCGCGCUUGCGUGGCUCCAACCUAAAGGUGCUUGCUGUUUCCGAGGAGAGCAUCGACUUCGACCCAGACCAGUCGGUGUUCAUCGAGGGCGACCCCGUCCACAACCUGGUGAAGGAGGUCUCCCUGGGCCUGGGACGCGUGUGGCACCCUUCCCUGGACACCAGCGUGGUCCUCAGCGAGCCCACCCAGCACUUCCACCGCGAGAUGCAGAGCUUCAGCGAGGGCAUCUGAACGUCCCCACCCGUCGCCAACGCAUGUGCGCUCGUUCACCUGCAAGUCUUGCCUCUUCCUAAUUUUCUCUCUCCCACUUUCCUCUUCCUCUCCCUUCUUCUUCUUCUCAAGUUCUCCUUCUCCCACACAAUGCCCAAUUACACCCUAUCCUAACUCCCUCCCCUUGUACUUGAAGGUAGACCUUUCGCCCUUAUUCAGUCCUGUUUUCGUUGAUGUAUUUUUUUUCUUUGCUUUUGUUUUACUUGCGGGUUUCUUCUCAUUUUACGAUUAUGAUUUUUUUUCUCUCUCUCUCCUAUAGUGUGACAAAUAAUCCUUUAUAUGUGCUGUGUUUAUUCAGUAUUAGCACUAUAUUAAUAUCUCUCUGUAUAUCCUGCUCAUUAAUAUGAGAGUAUAGUUGGGUAUCGAUUUAGUAGCUAAUUGAGUGAAAGGUCAUGAGGGGCUCAAUGUUGUGUGUGUGUGUGUGUGUGUGUGUGUGUGUGCUUUUGUUUUCUUUUUUUUUGGAUACAGUUAGAUUAGGAGUUGAUCGUACCGUGAGCUGUUUUUGCUUUGUGUUCUUUUUUUCUCUCUUUUUUUCUUUUCUUUAAACACCUGUCUGACUUUGUUUUCAUUUUGUUUUUGUCGGAGUUUGGUGUUACCGUACAGACAGAGAACAGAACCAUCACUUUUUAAUUUAUCUUGGCUCAUUUUGCGAGGACAAGAUCCUGUGAUCUUAUUUACACCCCCUCUUUGAUUUAUUUCGAAGGGAGAUUAGUCUUCCGGGCCAAGGGUCAGAACCGAUGAACAGUUGCAAAGCUCCUUGCAGCCUUCCUCUCUGUUCAUCUGUCUUUUUUUGUAAGUGUUUCUUCUUCCUCUUUUCCUUUCAUAAGUGAUGAUGAUGAUGCUGACAUGUUAUUGUUGUAGUAGUAAUAGUUGUUGUCCUUGUUGGCUACAUUCGGGACUUAAGAUCCUGCUGGUUUUUCCUCAACCUGGAAAUACAGUAGAUAAACAGGUCUGCUGGUGGAAGGAAAAAAAAAAACACAUACACACACAAACACACGUACAUGAUAGUGGAGGGUUUCAAACUCCUGCACACUGCAAGCCCUUCCCAGCACUUUACCUAUGGGGGCUAAGUGUUAGCAGAGAACUAGCUGCAGGUUUCUCGCUCUCAAACAACAAAAGAAAGGAAUAAAUCCUCUGUCCGUCUCAGGUAGGCACAAACAGGACGAUGACAAAGAUCUAGAUGAUGAAGAUGAAUGAAACAAUCAGCUACUCUUGUCAGUUUUAUCUGUUCUUUUUAAGUCACAGUUGCCUUGGAAACUCCCCUGUUGUUUUCAUUAUCAAACUUUCUUGGAUUCAAUCAAUUCAAAACGUCACUUUUUGCCCAUUUCUCUCUCCAUAGACCAGUCGUAGGGUAGACAUGAGUGUGUUGCACUGCAGUGUAGACGCAUGUUAAUAGAGUAAUCCUGUCUUGGUCGUUGCUGAGGGCAAAAUCGUGCAUGUGCUGGGUUGAAUCCAGGUCUAUGUUACAUCUUGUGUUGUGCUUGUGUGUAUGCGAGUGAUGGUUAGAGGCGUUAAGUGUGUUCGCUUGUUCCAUAUCUCAGGAUUCCUGCACUGCGGUACUUUUUGUUUUCCUGUAAUGGCUUUUGUGAAAGCUGGUUGUGUUGAGGGAGCGUGGUUGGUUUAGACAUCCGACACACAAAAUGUGUCGAGGAAUUUUGAGGUGGUAGCAUGGCAAUGUAGAGGGGGAAAAAUACGGAAGCUCUUCCAAAAGAGUGCUCUUCAGGGGGAUGUUUGUUUUUCUUUUAAGAGAAAAAAACAUCUAUUUCCCUCAUAGUUUCUUGGUUUACUACUUCUUGUUUUUUUGUUUUUUUUUACAAAGUUGUCAUCUUCAGUGUUGUCAUGUGCUGCACGCUUUUACCUGAGUUGUGCUAUCUCUCUUGCACAUAUUUGCUCUUUUUUAAAAAAAUCAAGAAGUUCAUUGUGGUGGGACAUGGUGGCGGUCGCUUGCCUAGUGUUAGAACGUGAAUGUGAAGCUCAGGCCUUUAUUUUAAAAAGAAGUGAGAUAAAAAACCUCUUGCUCUUGCAAGAGGCUCUGUGACCCCCCCCCCCCCCCCCCCCCCCCCCAACGCCACCUCAGUCAAUCAUCCCUCCAAUCCCUUGAUGAUUGCAUAUCUCCAGCCCUUGUCAGAGUAAAUCCACUUGGGCACAUGACAGUGUUUUGUUUUCAAGGGGAUGCCUUUAGGUCUAUGGCCUGUUUUCUUUUAGAGGUGGCAUCGCCCCCCCAAGAUGAUGGUGGCCAAAGCCAGAUGGGCCAAUGCUGCCUCAGCACUCCUACACUUGAAGAUCAGGUGUGAAAGAAAUGUCCGGAAAUUACCAAAGUGAGUGCUUCCUGUAAGGAAGGAAGGUAUAAAACUUGUAUGCGGGUGUGUGAGGCGAAAGGUAAAGAGAGGUGUGUCUUCCCAAGAACUGGUGGCGCCAGAAUGCGGUUAGUGUGAGGCUAGCUGCGAAAUGACCACUGCAGUCAUCCAGCGAGGUUAUCCCUCACCUGUGGCACCCAUGUCGAAGGCCAAGUGCAAAUAUUCCUGUUGACAGACUUGCAUUUAUGUUUCUUCGUGUGAAUUCCAGAAAAUUCCAGAUGCAGGUUAAGAGGGGAAAAUGUAUGCAAAGAGAGGAAUUGCAGUGAGUUCAUUAGAAAGCCCUGUUUCUAUAUUUUAGUACUACACCAAAAAAAGGACCUUUCUUUGAGAUUGUUCUAUAUUUUGAUCGAUCAGAAUAUUAUAUUUUGGUCAUCGCUGAUGAAAACUGGCUGUAGACUGAAGGUUAAAGGAUUUAAAAUGUCUGUCGCUUGUUUCAGUAUGUGAACUGCUAAUGCAUAAACUGCUACUCCAUCCUGUGCCUAAAACCCAGAAUAGCUUUCAUUUUAACCUCUCGUGUUCUCAAAGGUUUGUUAGUGGAGUUUAAGUCUAGAACAAGCAUUGGUCCACUGUUACAAAGUUAAAGCAUCAAGGAUUCUUUUUCUUUCAUUUCCGCUUUUUUUUGUGAAGAUUUCUUCUUGGUGUGCAUUUGCGUGUGUGUGUGUGUGUGUGUUUUGUUUUAUUGUAACAUUAUUCAAAAAGUACAUACAUCAGCUAAGUGGUGAGUGUGUGUUUGUGCGAGUGUGUGCGCGUGUGCAACUCGGUAUCUAACAAAAAGAAAUACAAGGCGUACCACUUUCUCAGCAGUGAACAGGAACCAGUCUUUCUCAGGGUAACUGUCCGGCAAGUAGAGGAGCGGAGGGGAGGUUUUCAAAAGCUCAGGCCUCGAACUAAGAGAGGAAAAAGUUACGAGAAAAAGAAAAUCAUACGAAAACUACAAAAAAAACAAACAGCUUCUCAGAGUCACUGGAUUUAAUGAAAUAUUCUGUCAGCAUGUCUGCGUCCGCUGCCAAAGAUAACGGUGAUGCAUAGAAAAAACCCCACAUGAAGUGCCCACCUGCAGGCAAAAGGGCCGGGGCCAACAGCUUCUCUGGGCCGAGACAUACUACUAUACUACUACUUAUACCACAUCUACUUUUAGAGUUUCAUAAUGUGCUGAAGUAAGGAGCAAAAGUUGGGCCACGUGUUGGUUGUCGCAGCUGUGCUGCGGCCGUUGGGUCAACAACAAGUAGAUCUCUUAACAAUGCACCUGUUUCACUGUGAAGAGUGAAUGUAACUUAAGAUAAAAAAGAACUUAUUGAUGAAUUUCAAAUCAAGGGUUGGUUCUAUCAGACCUACAAGCUGCUAUGAGACGUGUGAGGAACAUUCCACUGGGGAGUUUAAAAACAAACAAAACCAUGGCCAAAUGUCUGCAUGAAAUGACUUAUUUUUUUACUAUUUUAUUCUUUUUUUUUUUCUUUUUUUUUUUGGGGGGGGGGGAUUGCAAUGGGUUCCAUUACUAAAGAUAAAUGACUGGUCUGUUACGAUGAAACCAUUGGAGUAUCAAGUCACUGAGACCUGGUUUGUUGUAUCGAUCCCUUUUUGCCUGUCACCAUGUGCCGAGGGGCAUUUUAAACGGGAUUUCUUGUUAUGCGGGAAAGAUUAUUGGACCAGUUGAUUGUUACAACUCCAUUGGAUCCCAGAGUUAUUUACAAGAGGUGUUUCUUUUCCUUUUUUGUUCUUUUAUUUAUUUUUUUUUUCAGAUUUAUUUUUAGUAGAAGAUGUUUGUAUGCAUUUACAAUCCAAAUCUCUCUCUAUCUAUCUCUUGUCACAAAGGAGAAAGCUGUAAAAAAAAAAAAAACAGUAGGCUGCUCGGAAGCCAUCUUUGAGAGCCAACUCAAAAACUGUUGCCUGUAAAAGCUCGAUCGAGUUCCAAUAGCUACCUUACUGUUAUAAAAUAACCUCAUGCCAGCCUUAAGAAGUGAGUGGAGAGUAAAACACAGAAGUGAAAUAAGCUUUUGGUCAAAGUUGUGACCAUGCGUUGCAGUGGAGGUGACUGUAAAGAGUCUUGUCUUAUCGGUUGAUUUUUCGACAACCAGUUAACCCUUGAGUCACCUUAGACAGCACCACUGUUGGUCCCAGACAUUAAGCUUGCACCAAGCCACAAUCUCCUCUCCAGCAGGCUGGCUUGCAUGUACAGCAAAGUCAAUAACUAUGCAAGUGGAAUGCAUAUAAUUCAGUGGCUCUUAAAUCUUUUUUUUUUUUUUUUUCUUGAUUUCUUUUUUUUUUUUUUCUUUUACUGUCACUCAUAAAUGGAAGUAACUUACUGCAGUGAUACUUGGCCUUAUUAUUAUUGCUAUUAUUAUUAUUAUUUUAAGAUCUUGAUUCUUCGGAAGCCAACUCCGUUUCAAGGGCGACCGUGGGUACAGACAUGGUCUCCAUGAGACCGGCCAGCCGGCCCCAGUUCUAAGAGGUACGAAUGUUGUGCAUUUGUUUAAAAUCAGGACAGUUUGCAAUAAAGCAGUGGCCAACUGUGGGUGUGCACUAGCAGUGCUGAGACCUGGCUGCUACCUUAUAAACUUAUCGGGGUUGCAGAAGUUUGGAAAAAAAAAAAACGUAAGGAAACUUUACAGUGCAUAAGAAGGUGUGCAUGUGUAUAUAUAUCAAUGUAUGUUUAUAUGCAUCCACACCUCUAUGCUACAUCUGUCCGGGUUCUAUUUAUGAACAUGACAAAAGUUUAUAAGCGUUGUUUUGCAAAAAUGGUUUUACCAUCUUAAAUGUUUAAUAUUAUAGGGCAGGUGUGUACUGUCUUUUUGUCUCCAGUGAGCACAUAGCAUUGGAUUUUAUAUGUACAUCUGCAAAUGGGGAAAAACACAAUUCACCGGCACAGGUGUGAAAAUGCCAGAUGUGGAGAAAUUUCAUUGAUUGGAGAAGUGAUCUUAUGUUCCACAGUAACAAAGGAGAAAAACCUAUGAUAUAUAAAAACCUGACACAUAUUGGGUAAACCAGCCGAAUGUUGAUUUUUGAAUCAAUGUUGAAUGAAUCCAUUUUCUUUUAAUCAGUGAAAUAAAAGCAUUAAAAAAUA